CCCCACGGAAUUCCCAUGUUCCACCUACUUUUAUAUCCUCUUCUCUCUUUGUCUCUUUUUCUUAAGAAUCACUGCUUUUUUUUUUGGCUUAGAGGGCUCUGGUUCAGUUCCCCUUUCUAUCUAUAUCCCAUAUCACUUCCCAAUCAAUUGCCCAUCACCAUGUCGAACCCCGUUUAUCUCGGUGUCAUUGGUGUCGGAGGCGUAGGAUCCGCCUUUCUGAGCCAACUCGCCCGCCUCCCUAACGCCCCCAAGCUCGUCCUUCUCGCUCGCUCCAGCCAAACCCUCCAGUCUCCGACACCGGCCUAUUCCCCCGCCAUCCCCGCCGCAGAUUGGAACACCGCCGUCGAGACGCCCUCCCUGAUCAAAUCGGGCGCUCUCUCCGUUGAUGAAAUCGCUUCCUAUCUCUCCUCCGCCCCAGGCCGCUCCAUCCUCGUCGACAACACCAGCGACCCUGCCCUCGCCAGCUCUUACCCCGUCUUCCUCCGCAAGGGUAUCUCCAUCGUCACCCCCAACAAGAAGGGCUUCUCCUCCGACCUCUCCCUCUGGAAAGACAUCUUCGCCUCCGCCGCGCAAGGCAAGGCCCUCGUGUAUCAUGAAAGCACCGUGGGCGCAGGUCUCCCCGUGAUCUCGACCCUCCGCGACCUCGUCAACACCGGUGACGAGGUCACCCGCAUCGAGGGCGUUUUCUCCGGCACACUGUCCUUCCUGUUCAACACUUUCGCCCCGGUGUCCGGCGCCUCCAGUGCGAAGUGGAGUGAGGUGGUUGCCAAGGCCAAGGAGCUGGGUUACACUGAGCCUGACCCCCGUGAUGAUCUGAACGGUAUGGAUGUCGCUCGUAAGCUGACCAUCCUGGCUCGUAUCGCCGGACUAGAUGUGCAGUCUCCUGACUCGUUCCCGAUCGAGUCGUUGAUUCCUAAGGAGCUGCAGCCAUUGCCCUCCACUCCGGAGGGCACCGCGCAGUUUAUGGCCAGGUUGCCGGAGUUCGAUGGUCAGAUGUCGGCUAUCAAGGAUGCUGCUGAGAAGCAGGGUAAGGUUGUGCGGUACGUUGGUAGCAUCGACGUUGCCAAGAAGGAGGUUAGCGUUGGCUUGCAGUACUUCGACAAGGAUAGCUCUAUCGCUGGUCUUAAGGGCAGCGAUAACAUCAUCAGCUUCCACACGAAGCGUUACGGCACUAACCCGCUCGUUGUGCAGGGUGCCGGUGCCGGCGGUGAUGUGACUGCCAUGGGCGUGACCGCUGACCUGAUGAAGGCCGUGGAAAGACUGCAGUAAAAAUUCCUAUUACUAGGAGGCCGGGG